CCCUUUAAAGUAGUGUUUUAAACUGUGCAAGUGCUACUUCUGGUUCUCAGCUAGUUUUUGUUCCCUGUACUUAUAGGAUGAGAAAGCAGAUGUGAAGUCUCUGAUGGCGAAGUUUAACACGUUGGGCAACCCAACACAGGAGGUCAACAGCCGACCCUUCAAAGUCGCGGGGCAAAAUUCACCCUCAGGAGUACAAGCCAAAAAGAAUUUAUUCGACAACCAAGGAAAUGCCAGCCCUCCAGCAGGACCCAGCAACGUACCAAAGUUUGGAUCCCCAAAGCCACCUUUGGCGGUGAAACCUCCUUCUGAGGACAAACCUGAUAUGGAGCCCAAACCCCCCUUUCUCAAGCCCACAGGAGUGGGCCCGAGAUUUGGCUCACCCUCACUGGCAACCUCGGCCAGCAGGGACCCAGAGGUGAAGGCAGGGUUUCCCAGACCUGUUGGCCUCAAGCCCACCAACCUGCCCAAAGAAGAUUCCAAACCUGUGUUUCCCCGGCCUCCUGGGAAUAAGCCCACUCCUGCCGGUGCAAACCAAGACCACGACUUAAAGCCACCAGGUCCAAAGCCCAAGCUGAACCCUCCAGCCCAGGAGAACGAACAGAAGCCAGUGUUCCCAAAGCUGUCUGGGGUUCAAGGCAAGUUUGCGUCAGUCUCCCAAGACCAUGACACCAAGCCCCUCUUCCCCAAACCCGUCAUUGGCCAGAAGCCAUCCCUGAGCAUGGAUGACCCCCACGAAGCCGAGGGCCCCGCUAAGAACGUGUUGCCACAGAGAGGACCCUUGGCGCCUGCCGGAGUUAAGUCUAAACCUGGCCCUUUUAAACCAGCAAAGGAAGACUCAGAAAAUAAAGACCAUGGAAGCGAGACAUCAAGUUCACCUUUUCCUGGAGUAGUUCUGAAACCUGCUGCCAGCAGAGGAGGCCCAGGCUUCCCCAAAAAUGCUGAAGAAAAGAAAGAAGACAAGAGGAUAGACGCUGCUAAGAACGUAUUCCUGAGCAAAAUGAAUCAAGAAGAGCUGUCCUCUGGGGCACCACCCGCCAAGUUCCCCAAGACACCUUCCAAGGUGGUAAUGGCAGGGCCCUGGGCCCAAAGUCAGGAAAAGGAAAAGGGGGACAAGAAUCCCAGCAUCCCCAAGCAGAAGCCGCUGCCGCCCUUGUCCCUCCUGGGCCCGCCGCCUCCGAAGCCCAGCCGGCCGCCGCACGUCAACCUGACGAAAUUCUACAAAGCUGCUUCUGGAAACAGUCCCAACAAAGGCCAAACACCUUACUCAACAACCUCCGUGCCACCACCUCCACCGUCCCAUCCAUCCACCCAACCGCAACUGCCAGCCUCUCACCCGACACAACCGCCAGUCCCGAGUCUACCUCCCAGAAACAUUAAGCCUCCUUUAGAUCUAAGGAGCCCUGUAAAUGAGGAGAGUCGAGAUGGUGGCACGCACUUUGAUGGUACUGGAAACCUAGAUGAGGAAGAAAGUGAAGGAGAAACAUAUGAAGACAUAGAAACAUCCAAGGAACGAGAGAAGAAAAGGGAAAAGGAGGAAAAGAAGAGGCUAGAGCUGGAGAAAAAGGAACAGAAAGAGAGAGAAAAGAAAGAACAAGAGAUAAAGAAGAAAUUUAAACUCACAGGCCCUAUUGAGGUCAUCCAUCAAGCCACAGCUUGCUGUGAUGUCAAAGGGGGAAAGAAUGAACUGAGCUUCAAGCAAGGAGAGCAGAUUGAAAUAAUCCGCAUCACAGACAACCCCGAGGGAAAAUGGCUGGGCAGAACUAGCAGAGGGUCAUAUGGCUAUAUUAAAACAACUGCUGUGCGGAUUGACUACGAUUCCCUGAAGCGGAAAAAGAACUCUCUCGGUGCUCUUUCAUCGAAGCCCAUUGAGGAUGACCAAGAAGUGUACGAUGACGUGGCAGAGCAGGAUGAGGCCAGCAGCCACAGUCACAGUGGAGGUGGAGGGUUCCCGCCUCCCCCAGAUGAUGAUAUUUAUGAUGGGAUUGAAGAGGAAGAGGCUGACGAUGGCUCCACGCUCCAGGUUGAAGAGAAGAGUAACUCGUGGUCCUGGGGGAUUUUGAAGAUGUUAAAGGGAAAAGAUGACAGAAAGAAAAGUAUACGAGAGAAACCUAAAGUCUCUGAGUCAGACAAUAAUGAAGGUUCAUCUUUCCCUCCUCCUCCUAAACAAUUGGAAGGAGGAGAGGAAGUUUACGAUGAUGUUGAUGCCUCUGAUUACCCUGUUCCGUCAGCUGAGAUAAGCCAAGGAUCCAAGGCCAAAACAGAAGAAACAGACCCCAAGAAGCUAAAAAAGCAAGAAAAAGAAGAAAAAGACUUCAGGAAAAAAUUUAAAUAUGAUGGUGAAAUUAGAGUCCUAUAUGCAACCACAGUUGCCCCAUCCUUAACUACUAAGAAGUGGGGGAACAAAGAUCUACAGCUGAAGCCUGGUGAAUCUCUUGAAGUUAUACAAAACACAGAUGAUACAAAAGUUCUCUGCAGGAAUGAAGAGGGAAAAUAUGGUUAUGUUCUACGGAGUAAUUUGGUGGACAAUGACGGAGAAAUCUAUGAUGACAUUGCUGAUGGUUGCAUCUAUGACAACGACUAACUCUCAGCUUUGGCCAUUUGAUGCCAACAUGAAGUCUGAGCUUUAAUUGGCAUAUGUUAUUGAUUGUCACAGAAAACAAAUGUACAAAACUACUUAUCAUUUGUUAUAAAAUUAUGAUUAUGUUGAUAAAGUUUUGACAUUGUGGACUUACAAAAUGAUCUCUCUGCUUAAGCAACAUCUGGGAAGACUGUAUCAAUGAGAUGUAAACAUUAUUAAAUAUCCCACUUCUGUCUCAGCUAUAAUUAUAAAGAUGCUUCUUUUAGACCAUCAAUAGCAAACUCCAUCCCCAAAAAAUUAUUUGAGAAGAGAUGACUGUGUUGUCUAAAGAAAUAUAAGGAAGAACCAUAAAGAACUAUAGAAAAAGAAAUUUUAAAACAUCCACGAGAAGAAAACUAUUGUUUGCACCUCUAAUUUUGACUGUGUCUUCUUUCUUGCUGGUGGGUUAAAUGUUUUUUGAAAAUUAUACUUGUAGCAGAAGUUCUGUAUAAAGUUUGUCCCUAUUUGUUAAUUGUGAAUAUGUGUUAAUUGUUUCAUAAGAAUGUAUGCAUUUGGGUAUGCACAUCUAAGAUUAAAAUGAAAGAAGAAUCUAAAAUAA